AUGCUGAAGCCGCUCCUGGUCGCCAUGGUGGUCAUGGUCAUGGUCAUCGGCACGGCGACCACUCCAACUACGGCUGCCACCGUCACUGUCUCUCCCACAAGCUACACUGUUGCGGAGAUUCAAUCUGUGCUCUCAUCGGUUACAGCAGGUACCACAGUGGUCGUCCCCUCGGGCACGUACACUGGCUGCGCCAUCAGUGGCCCCCUCUCGUUCCCAUCCUUUGCGGAUAACGUGGUUCUGCAAGGUGCUGGCCUCGGACGAACCAUCAUUGACUGCUCUGCUGACAAUGAGAGGAUUGUCAUGCUGGCCAACACCGGGCAAAACGCCAUCGUGGAGCACAUGACUUUGCGCGGCGGAUCCGCGACUGAUCUUGCUGCAGACAGGCACGGUGGAUGUGUGGAGCAUUCGGGCUCGGGCUCGUUUGUUCUGCGACAUCUGCAUCUGGACGGAUGUAGUGUCGGCGGUAGUGGCUCGAGCAUUGGCUACAAGGGCGGCGCCAUCCACGUUGGUGGUUCCAGCGCCGCAUCGCGGAUCGAGGAUGUGCGUAUCACCAACUCGUACGCACAGACCGGCGGUGGUGCCCUCGCCCACACUUCGUCUACUGCGCUCACUCUCGAGCGUGUGGUCAUUGAGGACUGCUCGGCGGGCAUCGGCGGCGGGCUGUACAUUGCUUCGACCUCCAGCUUCUUCAUGAUCGAUUCUACUGUCCGCCGCACAACUGCUGUGGCGGACGGCGGUGGGCUGUACUUGAAGCUCUCCGGUACUCGCGACCUCUCAUCGGUCACGGUUGCCGAUUGCUCAGCUGGCGGCAACGGCGGCGGCAUGAGUGCCACCACGGGUAACUUCCUGGUCAACUCGAUCGUGCUCUCGGGCAACACUGCGGUAAGUGGCGGCGGCCUUUCCGCGUCAGCCGUCUCGGGCACUUUUACCAAUGCCUAUGUUUUGGGAAACGUGGCUGUCACGGGUGGUGGUGUGCACUCGUUUGGAUCUUCGAGCUUUGGCCUUGUUGGUGCCGUCAUCUCUGGCAACACCGCAUCUGGCGGCAACGGCGGCGGCAGCCUGACCGACUCGAUCCUGUCACACAACGUCGCGACCGGGUGUGGCGGCGGGAUGACGACUUCCAUCUCGGGCUCGACGUCGUCGUCAUCCAACGUCACGUUCCUCGCCAACACGGCCAGUUCCAACGGGGGCGGCCUUUGUGCACUCGGCGCUCACACGGUCGACAUAUUGCCAGCGUUCUUCACUGGCAACACGGCGGGCAACCAUGGCGGUGGCAUCUACAUUGCCGGGCCAGCGGUCAGGACCUUUGAUUCGGCCAAGCUUGAGGGUAACGUCGCCACCAACGGCUCGGCCGUGUGGUUCGGCGCCGGCUCGUCGUCGUCGCUCCGCAACUCGCUUGUGACGCGCAACCUCGCCACUGGUGUCGGCGCGGUGUAUCUGGAGGAGGAUGGGUCCAGCUUUGUCGACUUGGACGGAUCGCAAGUGUGUGGCAACUACGGGCCGGCGCCGCAGCUCGGCCUCAACAUCUACUGCGGCACCAUUGGGCGUCUCUCGGGUGGUACGCCUCCCACAGGAGAGUGCCACGGGACCGGGCUCUGCGCGCACGGCCCGGACACCUGCACCUUUGCGUUUGUCCCGACCUCGUGCUCAUCGUGUGCGGCAGGAUGGAGCGGCCUCGAGUGCGAUGUUCCUGAAAACUGCGCGGAGGUGUCCGUCUCCGGCUGCCUCGCGUGUGCACCCCAGCACGGCCUAGUCACAGAGACCUCGGCCCGGUACGGCGGGUGCGAGCACUGUGCGUCUGCUGGCAAGAUCUUUGUCAGUACGUGGCAACCAUGCGCGGCCGCGCCGCCACCGCCACCGCCGCCGCCGCUGUCGUGCGACGUCGGCUAUGAGCCGCAGGCUUACGACAACGGUACGACGAGCUGUGUCGACGUCGACGAAUGCGCCCAGGCCUCGGCCAACUGCACCGGGACCGGCGUUGUGUGCAUCAACGAAGAGGGAUCCGCCGGAACGAACGAGUGCACAACGGCGCGUGAAACUCGGACAGCCGACGCGCUUAUCUCGUUCAACUCGCCAGCGACGUCGCAGUACGCGCGCGUGGUGAACCGGCGGAUUGUGCGCAGCGAUGACACGGUUGUGACGCUCCCGCUCCACGCCAAGAUGGUGCGCGGGCAUAGCCUUGUGGGCAUUCUGGCUGUCCGUGCUAGCGAUCCGUUCAACCGGUCGGCCCGAGUUCUCUCGCUGGCUCUCUCGUUGGCGGUCAUGCUCCUCACGGUGGCACUGCUGCUCUUCGCUGAUCCAGCAUCGUACGCCUCCGGCUCUGGAUGGGGCGCUGACGUACUACUCAACAUGCUCCUCUCGGCGGUGGUGGGCACGACGCUCUCUGCUGUUCUGGGCACCAGCGUCAUUCGCUGGGCAAUGCGAUCGCGAUCGGAGCUGCUGGCCCGCUUCGGCUUUGUCGCCGGCCUCGUCCUCGCCGGCCUGCUCACCGGCGGCAUUGUGGUGCUCUUUACGCUCGCGGAUCAGCUCCCGGGCUACUCGCUUCCGUUCGACAAAGUGCUCGCCUCGUGGCUUGUCUCGAUCGUCAUCUCAUGGCUCGUCACCGAGCCGGCCAUGACCGCGUUUAAGUUCCUGGUUUUUGGCGAGGUCUUCGUGCGGGUCACCUACAUCGAGCGCAUGAUGAGCACAGCCAAGGUUGGCCCGGCCUCGGAGCUGAAUGCCGCCCUGGAAUCGGCCAGCGCCAUCACCAGCGACAUGUCAGAUUCGGCUCACUCACUCCCCUCCUCGCUUGGCUGA